CCCCCCCUUCCUCGUCGCCUUUAAUGCGUUUUUAGCCCGUUAUUAUCUGGCCGUACUACAGCUCUGCCGCCGCGGCGACGAAGCUUCUCGACGUUUGACUACUUCCGCCUCCGACGCCACUUCUUCCUCUUACUCCUCCUUCGCGGCGGCGCCUCCGUGAUGCUGCGUCAGUGCUUCCGGCCGCUGGAGCGGUGUUUCGGCCGGUUCGGUGGCGGAGACGGCCUGCUCUGGCACAUGGACCUCAAGCCCCACGCCUCCGGCGACUUCUCCUUUGCCGUCGUCCAGGCCAACCACUCGCUCGAGGAUCAGGGCCAGGUUCUCACUUCUCCCUCCGCAACCUACGUCGGCGUCUACGAUGGCCACGGCGGGCCCGAGGCUUCCCGAUUUGUCAACACCCGCCUCUUCCCGUACCUCAAUCGGUUCGCUUCCGAGCAGGGGGGCUUGUCGGCGGACGUGAUAAAGAAGGCAUUCAGCGCGACGGAGGAAGAGUUCCUUCAUCUAGUGAAGCGAUCGUGGUUGUCGCGGCCGCAGAUCGCCUCGGUGGGCUCGUGCUGCCUUGUGGGAGCGAUCACCGACGACACUCUCUACGUGGCCAAUUUGGGGGACUCGAGAGCGGUGCUUGGACGCCGUGGUGUCGACGGGAGGUCCGUGGUGGCGGAGCGGUUGUCGACAGACCAUAACGUCGCGGUCGAAGAGGUUAGGAAGGAGCUAGCCGAGCUGCACCCGGAUGACUCCCACAUCGUUGUCUAUACUCGAGGCGUGUGGCGGGUUAAGGGAAUCAUUCAGGUUUCCAGGUCUAUUGGGGAUAUAUACCUGAAAAAACCCGACUUCAGCGUCGAUCCUUUAUUUCAGAACUUUGUUUCCCCCAUUCCCUUGAAGCGUGCGGUCAUCACCGCUGAGCCAACUAUUCGGACUCAUAAGCUUAAACCACAAGACUUGUUUUUGAUCUUUGCAUCAGAUGGACUCUGGGAGCAGUUGAGUGAUGAAGCUGCAGUUGACUUGGUGUUCAAACACCCAAGAGCAGGUAUCGCAAAGCGCUUGGUUAGAGCUGCACAAGAUGAGGCGGCAAGAAAAAGAGAGAUGAGGUACGAAGAUAUUAGGAAGAUUGAUAGAGGAGUGAGACGCCACUUCCACGACGACAUCACAGUCAUCGUGCUGUACCUCGAUCAUCCGCACCAUCAAGGCGGCCAUGCCAAGUUCAAUGGCAAUUUGCCCUCCGACUGCACCAGUGCACCUCGUGACAUCUUUUCCUUCAAUUCAGAUGAAUCAGAAGACCCUCUUCGGGCCAUUGUUUGAGCAACUACUGCAUUGCAAGAGUUUUUUCCUCUUCGGGCCAUUGCGGACCUAAUUGAUUGUAUCUGAGACAAUCCUGCGACACAAAUGCGAGUUAGUCAUAUACUUGUAUAUCAUGUGAUUAUGAGAGUGUGCCUUUGGAAAAACGGAAGAAAAAAAAACCGGCAAAAAUUUUAAGGAAAUAGCUGUUUGAUGGUUCUGUUGUGAUUUAUAAAUUAGUAACAAAGGUCAGUUCAACGUAGCAA